CACCCAACAAUGAUGGCAUCGGAGCGCCACUGCCGGGGAAAAAUCAUUGUUCACUUUGGCCAAUGGGGAUGCAUCAAAUGGACGUUUACGUGAUAUGCGAGUUUCUGUGCAUAUGUGUGUGUGUGAAUGGUAAUGCAAAGGUGAAUGCAUGUGAAGUGAACAUCUCUUUCACACCAAGCGUUUGAAUCUACUCUGUGACGAAGAAAGGGGGGGACGUCACACCAAGAGAGAGCCAAUCACAUAUUAGCUGUUUGGAUUUAUGCCAGGCCUUUUGGCUUGUAAGACUUUAGUACAAGUGGCAAAAGCCAGUUUUUUUUUUUCCCAAAAAAAAGCCUGAGACAAGAUGCCUUAUACGCCAUCUGGCUUUUUUUGCGACCGGUUGAUCCGGGAAAGAGAGAGGAGAGACGGGGAAGGAUCUCUGAACAAGCCCUUGCGCUUCAACGGCCAGGACUAUAACACCCUCAAACAGGAGUUCCUUCAGAGGAAGACCCUGUUUGAGGAUGAGACUUUUCCGGCCACUGUGGAGUCUUUGGGCUUCAAGGAGCUCGGACACAAGUCCAACAAGGUCAAGAACAUCGUCUGGAAGAGGCCCAAGGAAAUCUGUGAAAAUCCUCAGUUCAUCGUUGGAGGAGCCAGUAGGACAGAUAUCUGCCAGGGAGAUCUAGGUGACUGCUGGUUGCUGGCUGCUAUUGCCUGUCUCACCCUGAAUGAGAAGCUUCUGUACCGUGUGGUUCCCCCGGACCAAAGCUUUUCAGAAGGUUAUUCUGGAAUCUUCCACUUCCAGUUCUGGCGUUAUGGUGACUGGGUGGAUGUCAUCAUCGAUGACCGCAUCCCAACUUUCAACAACCAGCUGGUCUUCACUAAGUCCGCUGAGAGGAAUGAGUUCUGGAGUGCCCUGCUGGAGAAGGCCUAUGCCAAGCUUCAUGGUUCUUAUGAGGCUCUGAAGGGUGGAAACACCACCGAGGCCAUGGAGGACUUCACUGGUGGAGUCACUGAGUUCUACGAGAUGAAGGAGGCUCCCAAAGAACUCUACAAGAUCAUGAAGAAAGCUCUGGAGAGAGGGUCGCUCAUGGGCUGCUCCAUCGAUUCCCUGGUUCCUGCCCGCUUCGAGACACGUACGGUGACGGGACUUGUGAAGGGUCAUGCCUACUCUGUGACAGCAGUGGAAGAGUGCCGACCGUCUCAGCACAAGGAGUCUAAAGUUCGUCUGGUGCGUCUCAGGAACCCGUGGGGUCAGGUGGAAUGGAAUGGUCCCUGGAGUGACAACUCCAAGGAGUGGGCCACACUUUCUAAGACUGAAAAGGAGAAGCUUCAACAUCAAAGUGCAGAAGAUGGAGAAUUCUGGAUGUCAUUUGAGGACUUUAAGAAGAACUACACCAAGAUUGAGAUCUGUAAUCUCACCCCUGAUGCGUUGGAGGAUGAUAAGAUCCACAAGUGGACGGUUUCUGUGAAUGAGGGGCGUUGGGUGAGAGGCUGCUCCGCUGGAGGAUGCAGGAACUAUCCUGACACUUUCUGGACCAAUCCUCAGUACCGCCUUCGACUGCUGGAGGAGGAUGAUGACCCUGAGGACAACGAGGUGGCCUGCACCUUUGUGGUGGCGCUGAUGCAGAAGAACAGACGGAAAGAGCGCAAGAUGGGAGCCAACCUCUUCACCAUCGGAUUCGCCAUUUACGAGGUGCCAAAGGAGAUGCAUGGAAACAAGCAGCACAUGCAGAAGGAUUUCUUCCUAUUCAACUCCUCCAAGGCGCGCUGUAAAUCCUACAUCAACCUGCGCGAGGUGACCCAACGUUUCCGCCUGAGCCCCGGCGAGUACGUCAUAGUCCCCUCCACAUAUGAGCCACAUCAGGAGGGAGAGUUCAUCCUGCGAGUCUUCUCUGAAAAGAAGAACACCUCAGAGGAGAUAGAGAACAGGAUCGAGGCUGAUCAUCCAGUGCCAGCACCAGCUUCAGCGGGGGAAGAGAGCGAGGAGGACCAGCAGUUCCGGACUAUUUUUCAGGAGAUAGGCGGCGAGGAUAUGGAAAUAACAGCCAACGAACUGAGAAACGUUCUCAACAGAGUGAUCACCAAGCACAAGGACCUGAAGACGGAGGGUUUCAGCCUGGAGAGCUGCAGGAGCAUGAUUGCUCUGAUGGACGUAUCCUUUAUGGAUGGGACCGGUAGACUCAACCUUCAGGAGUUCAGACACCUGUGGAAUAAGAUCAAACAGUGGCAGGGAAUUUUUAAACACUAUAACACCGACCAGUCCGGUAUCAACAGUUACGAGAUGAGGAAUGCUGUCAAUGAUGCAGGCUUCCGUCUCAACAACCAGCUCUACGACAUCAUCACCAUGCGCUACGCAAACGAGAGCAUGAACAUCGACUUCGACAGCUUCAUCAGCUGUCUGGUCCGGCUCGAAGCCAUGUUCAGGGCGUUCCAGGCCUUUGAUAAGGAUGGAGAUGGUACCAUCAGACUCAGUGUCCUGGAGUGGCUCCAGCUGACCAUGUACGCCUAGAAAGCCCAACCAUCUCCCAGGUGAGCUCCACUCCAUGCGAGGACCAGACCUGCCAGCCUUUACCUCAAAACUCAGUGUGCCUGACUACCGUUAGCCUUCAUCCACCUCACCUCCAGCUCUGCUCCUUCUACUCCAAAAUGUCCUUUCAUUUGAUCUUUCCAUUUUUCUCAGCAGGUCUCAGGCCUUUUGCAUUUCCUUCUCUGCUUUUGUCCUCCCACCUCUUUCUCUCAUCAAAAUAUCAGUCUCAGUCAUAAGCUCUGUUCUGAUUUUUUUUUUUAAAUACAUACUUACCGUUAACAUUUGUACCAUCUCAGGCAGCAAACACAUACAACCUCUUUUAUUCUGUCAUGAUACCUCACAGAGCCUCACCCAGCAAACCCAUCUCUGUACCAUUCAUACCCCCUGCUAACAUCUCCUCCUUCAGCCUCCCUGUGUUUUCUUCUCCUUUUAUCUAACUGAGCAGCAAGGCCUUUCUUCCUGUAUUCAUUCCAGUGAACUGGGCUCUCUGGUGGACAGUGAAUAAAAACUGUGAUUUACUCUCUAACCUGUUAUUAACUAAGAAUCUGUACAAGUAGGGCCUAACAAGGAUUGAAAAUAUCACUGUUUCCUCAUUAAGUUUUUGUUUUAUUUGCUGAUUUUUUUGUAAGCAAUGAAUCCACCUGGAUUUAUCAUCGGCCUGGACUCAAUCACAUAUAAUCCCACUCAUCAGUAAAAAACAUAUAUAUUGUUUUCUGGUGGACAAACUCAGGCUUCUUGUGUUUAUCUCAGCUGAAAAACUGUCCAGUUCUCCAGUGCUAUUUGUGGAUGGAUGAAAAACAAGAAGAAAACUGAGGAGCAAUGGGUUUUUUCUUACUUCCAAAUUGGAUUUUAAAGACUAAGGCUAAUGGGUUGAACUGCAGCUUUGUUUUUUUUGUGAUUUUCCUCUUAAGGCUUUGGUCUAAUGAGUGUACUGCAUUUUUAACCACUUUAACCAAAAUAAUAAAUGUGUAGUUACUGAUUUGACUGCGUUACCAGUAAUUAAGUUGUGAAACUGUGAUAAAUAUGCAAAUUUCAGUAAACACUGAGUGAAAUAAGAAGAAAACACCAUAAAAAUACAGCAUUUUUUCUGAUGUUGCAAACAUUUUUAUUAACUUUCUCUUUCUUAAAAAACAUCUCAUAACUUUGAUAACAACAGAAAAACUUGAAGAAACUCAGGAAUGCCAGGUAAGAGGUGACGCGCACGCUUUUCUCGAUCACAAAUAACGAGCGAGAACGUCAGGUUAACUCGGCUAAGGGCAAAUCCUCAAAAAAAAGAAGGAAAAAAAAGAAAGAGAACGCAACCCGGAGAGCUGCGACCUUCAAACCAAGUCUGCCAAAGAGAACAACAGCUGGGCUUUUAACAGAAGAUUCAGUCACCUGUUUUCAAGAGGGUGAGGUAUGGCAUGGGAGAUGAAUCCAAAAUCUUCUCUUCGAAAUCUUCCAUCGAACACCUCCUCUAAACAUCCGCUGUCUCCACACUUUAUUAGACAACUGUGGAAAACAAAUACAGCUCCAGUGCCUUCUGCUUGAUUCUCCAAAUACAAAAUAAAUCCACAAGAAUGUGACAUAAAAACAGCACCUCACGCUUGGAAAACAAGGUUCGGCGGACAGGGUUAAACACUCUGCCGACAACGAUGAGGAAAUAAUCCACACAGAUUAGCACACAUACUUCACAUCUUGGUUCUGUUUUCACAGCAAAUGUCAAUUCUCAAAAGACAAAUCCUUCAACACAGUCCCUAUUAACGCACUAAUCACCUGACAGAGCAACAACAAAUAAAUAAAUGUGAUCCUAAAUGACCCAAUGAGAUUGUUAGAACUUGAGUUUUUUUCAUUUUUAGAAAAUAAAAACCAGACAUUAAAUAAAUAAAUCUUCAAUUAAAUUCCCUCAAAACAAAUAAUCACACUGUUAAACGCAGCCUCAAAGACAACACCACGAAUUUCCAAAAACUUUAAAUCGCUCAUUGUCAUAAGUGGCAACUUUAAUUUUAAAAAAAAACAAACAAACACUACAGGUUGCUCAACAUGA